GCGUGCGAGAACCUGCUGGGGGAGUUGUCUCCGUUGGCCGCGGCUGCGGAGGGUUUGCUGCUGCUGCUGCAGGAGGCGCGCAGCAGCAGCAGCAGCAGCAGCAGCAGCUUGCUGCGCCGCUUCUCCGAACUCAAAAGGAGACUCGCCAGCUGCAAAGACAAAACCCAGGGUCUCCAAAGGGCCUUGAAAGAACUAAAUCAAGAAGGAGACAUUUCAAGACUCGAACUUAGUCGUUUUUGGGAAAACGAAAGUCUCUGGGACUGUCCCCAAAAGUCCGAAUACGCACAAGACGCGGAGAUCCUCCUCGAGUGCUACGAACAGGAAGUCGAGGCCAUCUACCAAGUGAUAGCGCGGACCGAGGAGGCGCUGGAAGACGCGCUGCAGCUGAUGGAGCUGCAGCUGGCUUCGACGCGAAAUGCCUUUUUAAAAAGUGAAAUUGCGCUCGACAUUUUGUCAGCUUUUUUCGGAUUUGUUGCUGCUGCUGCUGGUCUCUUUGGAAUGAACAUAAAGAGCGGUUUGGAGAACGAGGAAAGGGUGUUUUGGGCUGCUGCUGCUGCUGCUGCUGCUGCUGCAGUGGCGCUGCUGCUGGCCGUGUACUGGUGGUUCCAGAGACAGAAGCUCUGA